AUGGGUCUUAGGAUUUGUAAACCGGUUACUACAACUGUUUAUGAGGCUGGUACUUCAAAUACAGAGAUGGCAUCUGUGGCUAGGAAACUGGAUGCGUUGGGAAAGCUUACAAGUCAACCCGAGGUAAAUCCCAAGACACAUGAAGAUGCUAAUGCUAUUACUGUUUUGCAAAGUGGAAAAAAGGAAAAGCCGAAAGUAGAAGAGUAUGCUCCAAAAGUGCCUUUCCCAUCUCGCCUUGCACCGACUAAGAAAGGCAAGUAUAAUCGAGAUAUUUUUGAAGAGUUGUGCACUAACAAAAGAAAGAUGGGUGAUCAUGAAGAAAUAUUUCUUUCCGAAGAGACAAGUGCUAUUUUACAAAAGAAGCUCCUGUCAAAACUGAAAGAUCCGGGUGACUUGAAACCAACUUCGAUCACUCUCCAACUAGCUGAUCGCUCUUUAGUGCAUCCUUUUGGGCAAGUUGAAGAUGUUCUAGUAAAUGUGGGCCGUGGUUUUAUGGCAACCACCAACACCAUCAUUGAUGUCAAGAUGGGAGUUCUUACUAUGAUAGUUUUUGAUAAAACUAUUCAGUUUCGGCUCUUUGAGGCCAUGCGACAUUCUGAUGAUGCAAAAACUUAUUUUUGGGUGGAUGUGGUGGAUAGAAGAGUUGACGUAGAGGUGCAUAAAAAUGAUAAAAUCAUUGCUCUGGAAGUUUUGUUUGUGCGAGACGUUGAGAGGACUGUGGACAAUGACACCCAAGAAGUUAUAAAAAUGUUUGAGGCUUCUCCUAGUUAUCAAUACAAGUGGCGUCCGACUUUUGAGAAUUUGAGGGACUCUCCCAACACUAAGAAGCUAGCGCCAUCUAUAGAGAGUCCGCCAGAGUUAGAGUUGAAGCCUUUACCCAUAGACUUGUGA